AUGGAAAAUACAUUUUUAAAGGAUUUCGCAGCGAGUGUUCUGGAUGACGAAGGUCUGGAGGAGGAGUUCCUGUCGCUGAUCACGACGUCGGCCCACGGUGACGUCAUCCGGUUCAAGUGUAACCGCUGCUUCAAGAGCUACAAGUAUCGGUCGGACUUGACGCGUCAUCUGAAGAGCGAGUGCGGAGUCGCGCCGCAGUUCCGCUGCCAACGCUGCGAUUUUCGCACGAAGCGUUUCGUCUCAUAUUUGGGAAAAUUGGGUCUUCUGUCCGCUGGUAAAAGUCGCCGGGCAAGAGGGGGUGGAGAAGGUGGAAGAGUAGGAGAAGGAGGAGGAGGAGGAGGAGAUGUGGAUGGGGAGGAACGAUUCGCAUGCGAACGGUGUUCGCGAUCCUACAAGAACAGAGGCCACCUGAUGCGACACAUCCAAUACGAGUGCGGCAUCGAGCCACGUUUCAAAUGUCCGCUGUGUCCACACCGCUCGCAUCACGGAAGCAACAUGAAGGUGCACAUGUUCCUCAAACAUGGCCAUGGCGCUACCAAUUACAACAGGCAACGCAAUUAGUACAAUCAACCCCAAAUUCAAGUACAACAAAUCUCAAAUUUACAUUUUUAAGAAUGCAUUUUCCAAUGUUCUGAAAGUGUGCACAACUGUAGUGAGAAUCGCUCAGCAUUGGUAUAAGGAAUGAAACUCUGUCAGUUUGAUGUGAAGAUAAAUCUCGAAUUUUCAUUUGUCAGAUUGUAUUUUUCAAUGAAAUUAUACUGAAAGUGUGCAUAACAAGUGUAGUGAGAUUUCCUCAAUACUGCCAGCAUUGGUUGCAUAGGGAGCAUGCAUUUCAUUUCUAUAAGGGAGGGGGGUGAUACUGGAAGUUCGAUGUCAAUCCAUAUCCAUACUAUAGUAGGGACUAAAUCUCAAAACGUUUCUUUUUUAAUAAAAGAUGAUUCUGGAAGAUUGCGUACAUCUAACUUCAUUUUCUUGUUGUACCUUAGUCUGCUGACUCUCACUUUUACAGAGUGAAACUGGGUGAUAGCGAUGCGAUAGAAACUUUAGUGAAGCAUGUUGAGUUUGUGCUGUUUAUAGUGAGGUGAUAGUAUUGUGACUAGUAAAAAAUUUACAAUAUAGUAUCAAUUUUUUGUUGUUGUAUCUUAUACUGCGUACUUAUACAGUUAAGUGAUAGCUACGCUAUGGAAUUUGAGUUCUGGGUUGCUCUCUCAAAACUAGUACUGUUGAAUGUUGUAGUUCUUGGUGGAAUAUCGAUUCGCACUAACGAAAGACGUGGAAACUAAUAAGGGGUUACUACAGUUUCUGUUGCGUUGCUAUCGCUCGAUCGCUAAGCAGUCUCAGUUGGCACUGUAAACACAGUAAAUUGAUCCAUAUAUUGAAUCAUCAAUCUUAUUAGCCAACUCUGAUGGAUUGAACUGAAAGACUAUAACUGAAAUUAACAAUCAAAAUUCUGGAAUAUAUACCUCAAGUUACACAAGUUUCAUCUAUACUACUACAAUUACACUAUUGUAUGUUUCAUACAUGUAUGAAAGAGUGUACAACUCAUUUUAAACUCUUUUCAAGCUGAGGUGAUUGAGAAAACAGUAGUACAGGCGAAAGUACACAGCAGCAAACAGAAGUAUACAGACAGACGGAGAAAAAUUUUAACGUCUACAUGUACACAGUUUUAUUAUUUCUCUGUCUAUCUGCUGCUGUGUGCGUUUGCUUUUAGAGGUGUGCCUGCAGACGAUGGAAAAUCCAAAGACAACAUUGUUUUAAAAUAAUUUUAAAAUUCCUUCCAAUUCGAAGCUCUUAAAAUGGGAAAGAAGAAGACUACCUGGAUUCAAUUCAUUUGCAUGAGGUUUUAAUUGGUCGAUUGAAAAUGAAAAUUUGAUUGAUUGGAUCAUUUUUGAAAUGAACUUCUCAUUCAAUGAUCACAUGGGGCCCUAAUUUCCAAAAAUCUUGGAAUAUACCGUAGCAAUGAUUUUACAUGUUAUCUAAGACUUGACUUUUGUAAAACUUGCCACUAGCUAAAAUCUUCUAAUGAAACAUAUUUAUUUGCAGAUACUGAACUUUACAAUCUUGUUGAGAGACUUCCUCGCAUUCAGCAGGGUAGUGAUAGUCUUCAAGACGGAUUUUUAUAUUGCGAUGGAUGUAACAAAAAAUUCAAAAAGCGCAAAUAUCUGAACUAUCACAAGCGACACGAAUGUGGCAUCACUCGCCAAUGUGCCUACUGUGCUUAUAGCUCCUCCAGCAAACACAGUCUGAAACUGCAUGUCAUCAAUAAACACUCUCAGAUUUCGUUAGUUUAAUAGUUGGUUUUGAGGCGCUUAUGCCCAAUGACAGUAAUUCAUGAACGUAUUUAAUAGAUAGUUUAUUAUACCAUUUAUUGCAGUCACCAAUCGGGCGCAACUGAGUAAUUGAGAACAUUCUCAGCUCUUGAGAUGUAUUGAAUUUUAAGAGGCCCAUGUACUAUAAGGUUGAUUAAAAAUUGUCGAUUCUUGUAUUUCUACAAAACAAUAAAUGAUUAUGUUGAUUAAUAAGAGGAGUUAUUGUUCCAAUAGGAAAAUUAAUAUUGAAACUUAUUUAAGAUGAUAAAAAAUGAAAUAAAUUUAUUUUGUGUUUGUAUACCAACCACUCUCAGAUGCUUUGUUCAACAUCAUUUUGAAUAUAUCAUACAUUCCAUGUAUUUUCUAGUGAAUAAAUUUGAAUUCGAAUGUAAAAAGCAACCCAAAGACCCACACAUGACAUUUUUGAGGUAGGCUUACGUUUACACUCAGUUCUCAUAAGCUAAAAAUAUGUUGGAAAUGAAAAAACAAGAUGUGUCUCAAUAAACGAAUCAACCGAA